AUAAGUGCGGACCUGGGUACAAAUCCAAUGCAGCUGCCGACAACUGUGACAUCUGUCCCAAAGGCUCCUACCAACCUUUAAGCAAUCAGCAGUCAUGUGAAGUGUGUGCGACGGACCAGAGCACGAGACAGGCCGGCUCAACAAGCUCGAACCAGUGUGAAAACUACUGUGACAACGGUCAUGAGAAGAACAGUGCCGGAAUGUGUGAAGAAUGUAUGAUUGGUUUCUACAAAGACAAUACUAUGGACCUGUUUAUGAACUGCACUGCAUGUCCUGACAACUAUGUCACCGCCAAUCCCAAAUCUGAUAAUGUUGGCCUCUGUACCAUUC